AUGUUUGACCCACUUCAUGUUGCACCUCGGAAACAAAAACAAUGGGCGAAUUGGCUAAUGGGGUUGCUGUAUAUUCGAUUUAGACCCAUUGGAGAGAGGGAUUACAGUCAGAUUGUUUUGUGUUCCACAAAGUAUGGAGAUGGAGUUGAAGAUGUGCUAGCUCUAGAAUCAAAUGGAGACUACACCAAAGAAAUUGGUUACCUUAGGUUCUCUGAUUACAACAACAGCACAAAAUGCAACAUUUCUUCAGAGAAUCUGCUCAACAAUGUGUGGUACCAAGCUGAAGAGAUAUUCUCAGUGGAUGGGGUUCCAGAACAAAGACAGCAUGCGUUCUGGGUUCCAGUCAACAACCACUACUUUGCCACUGCAGAAAGAGUUGAGGUUUUGAGACUUGGUGGAUGCGCGAAUGCAACUUGCUUACCAAGACCACCGAUGGUGGUGAGAGUAGAAAGAGGGAUCAGCUCCAACAUCUUUGUGGACAACAGAGCUUAUCGUGAGUUGUUGAACGCCAAGUUCAAUGCAACAGCAAUCGACAUGGAGACGGCUGCAGUUGCCCUUGUCUCUCACCAACAAAACACGCCCUUCAUUGCAUUCAGAUCCUUGUCUGAUUUAGCCGUUGGGGUUUCUGCCUUGUCCAAUGAAGCCUCUGCGUUUGCCUCUUUGGCAGCUCAAAAUGCAGUUGAUGUUCUUAUUAGCUUCACUUCCUUGUUAUCUUCAUAAGCACAUGCCACCAGUUUCUUUCCAAGCCAUUUCUUUUGAAAUUUUUAAAUGAUAAAUUGAUUGCUAGUUU